CUUCAAGCUGUCGCUUUUUGACAGCUAAAGUUCUUUCCUGCUUUGUUUACGUUUUCACUACACGUAGCAAUACGAUCUAAAGAAAAACUCAUUUUAAUAGUGCGUUUUGCAAAGUACUGUAUUAUAAUAUUGUUAGUCUUACAAUUACAAGUGUUGAAAACCGUGCCAAGAUGGAUCCAGCCUUGUUGCGUGAACGGGAAGCCUUUAAACGGCGGGCGCUGGCAACGCCAACCGUUGAGAAGAAGGCAAAAACUGAAAGCACUUUUACGGCACCCAAGGACAUGAAAAAACCGAGGCCCGCAAGUGCUGCACCGAAAAUCGAUGCCACUAAUUAUAAAACAAUGACCGGUAGUUCCCAGUAUCGCUUCGGGGUGCUGGCAAAGAUCGUGAAACAUAUGCGUACCCGGCACCAGGAAGGAGACGACCAUCCUUUAACGUUGGACGAAAUACUUGAUGAAACAAAUCAACUCGAUAUCGGAUCCUCUGUGAAGUCAUGGCUGCAAGGAGAAGCACUACGCAACAAUCCCAAAAUCGAACUUACCCCAGACGGGCGAUAUUUGUUUAAAUCUGUAUUUAAAAUCAAAGAUGGCAAGACUCUUAUGCGCUUACUGAAACAACACGAUCUGAAGGGAUUGGGUGGGGUGUUGCUGGAUGAUGUGCAGGAAUCGUUGCCUCACUGUGAUAAAGUGCUGAAAAAUAGAGCAUCGGAAAUUAUCUUCAUAACCCGACCAAACGAUAAGAAGAAAAUUCUCUUCUACAAUGACCGUACCGCGAACUUCCAGGUGGAUGAAGAUUUUCAAAAGUUGUGGCGUGCUGUCACGGUGGAUGCUAUGGACGAUGCGAAGAUCGACGAGUAUCUGGAGAAACAGGGCAUUCGGUCGAUGCAAGACCAUGGUCCGAAGAAACCAUUGCUACCGAAGCGUAAAAAGCUGGCCAAUAAGAAGCGUCAGUUUAAGAAGCCGCGGGACAACGAACAUUUGGCAGAUGUGCUAGAAACGUACGAGGAUAAUACACUCACACAGUCGAAUGCGGUGCAGGAAAUCAAGCAAAACAACUAAAUGGUACCACCGCAAUGCUAUUGACAAAAUUAGCAAACACAUGUGGUUACAAAGCGCGAAAAGGUCCAAAGCCUGUAUAAUUAUAACACUCAAAAUUUUAUGAAAGAGAUGACCGUACAGGAAUUUAAUUUCUUUGAUUGAAGUUAAACUCCUUAAUAAAUAAAAAUGAUCUUGAUUUUGCUAUAUAGUUAA